CCCGACAGUACGCGACUCCAUCUCCAGAUUUUCGCUCGCAUCUGUUCGCAACAAAACUAAGAAUAAGUACUGACGUUAUAUUUAAGAUGCGUUUUAUCAAUUUAACAAUAAAAGGUUCGAGGUUUUCCACAGGGUAUGCUGCUCGUUAGGAAAUUGCAAAAUACAAAACAAGAUAACACCGGAAAUAAUCGGGUCUACAGGGGACAGUUUCCUCUGUUUAUAUCUACUUUACUCUGACCUGACAGAGACCUCGUCCCCGGCCCUUGGCGUGUCCGGACCGCGUCAGAAGAAGCCAGAGGAGCCGCUAUUUAUGCGUCGGUCGACGUCUGAGCAGUUAGCUCCGACACAAAGAGAGGGCUCUCACUAACCAGCUGAACAUCCACCAAAGCUGCCCUUACGUUUAAAACAAUACGAUGGAUGCGUUUCAGAAGGUGGAGAAGAUAGGGGAAGGGACGUACGGCGUGGUGUACAAAGCCAAGAACAAAGUGACGGGAGAAACUGUCGCCCUGAAGAAAAUCAGACUGGACACGGAAACAGAGGGCGUACCAAGCACAGCCAUCCGAGAAAUCUCACUACUCAAAGAACUCAGUCACCCCAAUAUUGUCAAAUUGCGGGACGUCAUCCACACAGAGAACAAACUCUACCUUGUAUUUGAGUUCCUUCAUCAGGAUCUGAAAAAGUUCAUGGACUCCUCCUCAGUCACUGGUAUCCCGCUGCCGCUGGUUAAGAGUUAUCUUUUUCAAUUGCUCCAAGGUCUGGCCUUCUGCCACUCUCACAGGGUUCUUCACAGAGACCUGAAGCCUCAAAACCUCCUCAUCAACGCCCAGGGUGAGAUCAAGCUGGCUGACUUCGGCCUGGCAAGAGCCUUCGGAGUACCUGUCCGCACGUACACGCAUGAGGUGGUGACACUUUGGUACAGAGCACCGGAAAUUCUCCUGGGAUGCAAAUACUACUCUACAGCUGUCGACAUCUGGAGCCUUGGGUGCAUCUUUGCAGAAAUGAUCACCAGGAGGGCUUUAUUUCCUGGUGACUCAGAGAUAGAUCAGUUAUUCCGAAUCUUUCGCACCUUGGGCACCCCCGAUGAGACCGUCUGGCCUGGAGUCACAUCAAUGCCUGACUACAAACCAUCUUUUCCCAAGUGGGCCCGACAGGAAUUAUCCAAAGUCGUGCCUCUUCUUGAGGAGGAUGGAAGAGAACUGCUCGCAGAGAUGCUGAAUUACGAUCCAAACAAACGUCUGUCGGCCAAGAACGCCCUUUUACAUCGAUUCUUCCGAGACGUCUCCAUGCCACUUCCUCAUCUGAGACUCUGAGUUCUUCAAAAUAUCAAGCUGCCUUAACGCCAGCCAUAUGAGAGCAAUAAGCACAGCCUUGCCUAGCUUCAUGUCCUUGGCUGAAAUGGACAGAAAAAGUGGACACUACGGAAGACGACACCGGGUGUCUAAAACCAGCCGCUGAGAAGCUAGAUCAGAGGGUUUUUUGCGGUUUCCUUCAGCCAUAAUGUUAUAAUUGUUGUGAGCGUUCAACUGUAAUUUUCAAAAUUAUUAUUUUGCAUAUUUAUGUGCCACAACCAUAUCUGAUGUAAAUGUUAUCUUUGACAGUAUAGUUAUGUGCUAUAGUAUAUCCCAAUCUCAUUUCCAUGUUAUCUUAUAGGGUGUCCUAAUUGAAGUAGUCCAUUCAGAAGAACAUGUGGUCGAACAAGUUUGUGGGAAAGUGCAAAUAACAAGAAUGAGCAGGUGCGAUGAAACUGUUGGAGCUAAAACAGUGUGGGAUUGCAGCACUAUUCUCUUAGGUUCACUUUUUAUUUCAGUUGUAUUCAAUGUUGAGGUCCAAAAUGUCUUGAAGUAAUUUUAAAAUGGCACCUUUUUGUUUUGAUUUUUUUUUUUUUUUUUUUUUUUAAUGUUUAAUACUUGUUUAGGUUUGGAUUCUUCUCCUAAUAGAAUUGGAGGAUUCACAAGUUUGACUCAUUGUAAUUCAGAUUUUACAGGAUUUAAUAUGCUGUUGCAUCUUUCUUACUCUGGAUUUUGUCCGAAUGCAAUCAGCUAUUUUUAUAGAUGUUUAUUCACAGUUUGGAAAAAAAUAAACAUGCUUAAAUAAC